AUGACAACUACGACAGCAAGCGCCUUAGAGAGUCUUCCCUCUACGCUUCUUGAGCUGAUCUGUGAAUACAUCGGCUGUCGCGAUUGCAAGAAACUCAGUCUGCAUGGCUUCUCAUUGACGAGCAAACACUGCUGUUGCGCGGCUACAGCACAGCGAUUUUCUCGUGUGCAGGUUACGGUACGGGGUCAGAAGAAGCUACGCGACGACUUACGAAGAUGGAGCAAGAUGCUUGGCGCUAAUGACCGUUUUCGCCACGUGCGUCAACUCAAGAUCACGGGGUUCGUGCCACGGGAAAAAGCAGAGGAUGCAAAGGUUGACCUUGACACACACAUGGUCGAAGCAGAGGAUGGACUGAGCAGCGAUAAUGACUUCUGCAAGCCUCCCAAACAACCUGUCCACUUCUGGCAUGGGGCUACGCGCUUAUCGCAAGAGGAUAAUCGACAGCUCGACAAGGCGUGGCAACCGCUAUCUUGUUUCAUCCGAAAACUGUCUGGCCUCAAGGAUGUCGUCUAUGCAGCGGACGGUCAGAUUCCACGAUGCAUACUCGAGGCAGUACACUUCAUGAACUGUCGCCUUCAUAUGCACACUUUCAGCUUACGGAGUCUGUUUCAACCUAGAGACCUGCCCCAAGUUAUUGAUGCGGAUGAAUAUGCGCUUGCGACAUCGCCUUGUUUAUAUAGCAUUAUCGUACCGUAUUACACGUGGGACGAGGAGGGGAAUGUAAACUACAACGAAGAAGCAGUCUUACAUGGUGGAAGGGGCAGCGCCGAAAUUGGUUCAUGUCUGAGUGUGGCAGUUUCAGCCGAGUAUCACACAGACUUUUCCAGACUACAACACCUGGCGAUACGUUGGUGGGAUGAAAAUAGAGAUGCUUCGGCGUCAAUACAAGACUUGGCCGAGAAGGUUCGGAACAACAAAUUCGAAUCACUCCAUACUCUAGUUUCAUCCCUACCUAACAACGAUGCGCACCACGAAGGCUUGACCUUGCUCCUGCGGCAUUUGCGUCCACUCAAAAGCCUAGAGCUGGUGGGGUUCGCGAGUGACAAGGCAUUUGAAGCCCUCUUACACCAACACGGCAAGACGUUACGCAAACUCAAACUUAUGCCCGACCGACAACUGGGCCAAAGAACACCCAUGCUUGUUCUUUCGCAUGACCGUAUGCAGGAACUCAGCGAACGGUGCUCAAAUUUGGAACAUAUCGAGCUCCCUGUCAUUCGAACCGAGGGCGACAAACGAGAAGCGGGGAUUUAUCGUGCCUUGGCUCAACUACCGCGGUUGAAGCAUGCCACUUUGCAAUUCCAGUAUUCAGCCGGGCCAACAGAAGAAGAAAUGGUAGACGAAGACGGAGAGGUUCUUUGUCAAAACAUGGGCUACGAUGAAGACAUACCGCCCGAUAGACUUCGAGAGGCCUAUAUCAACGCCGCUAUUGACUACUCGCUCGCCCUUUCCAUCUUCUGCGCCAUAUCGUCAGCCAUGGAAGACUCCGGCAGUUAA